AUGAGUGCUGCUAUAAACAAAGCAACACUCGUUGUCGGUAAUACAGAUUUUGAUGAGGAAACAUGGCUUGUGGAACCACCAAAUCUAUCAACACAAUCAAAUAGCGAGCAAGGGUCCGGACGAAUUGUUGAAUGGUUACAGGGUGCAGCGAUGAAUGUUGAUUUCCAAACGCGAAGUGCGUUGAGCAGAAAAUUAGCCAGUCAAGCGGCUAGGAAAAGUUAG